CUCACCCUUCACUCCUCACUUUCACGCUCACUAUGGCGCCGUCGUUCGAAGAGCCGACGCAAGUCGACUUCGACGCACCUCUGAAAGCAGCCCCAAAGCUCGUCGCCCCAGAGCCAGAACACUGCCCGGGUCCCGAAUCUCAGCAAGCCGGCACCGCAGACUCCUGCGCCGGGUGCCCUAACCAAAAAAUCUGCGCCUCGGCCCCCAAAGGCCCAGACCCCGACAUCCCCGUCAUUACCUCACGGCUCUCGUCUGUAAAACACAAACUUCUGGUCCUCUCCGGAAAAGGCGGCGUCGGAAAAUCGACUUUCUCGACAAUGCUGGCACAUGGCUUUGCCUCGAAUCCUGCGCACACGGUUGGGCUUAUGGACACGGACAUCUGUGGUCCAAGUAUCCCUAAGAUGAUGGGCGUGGAGGACGAGACGAUACAUGUAACCGCGGAAGGUUGGGAGCCUGUCUGGGUGAGCGAGAAUCUGGGGGUCAUGUCCGUGCAGUUUAUGUUACCGGGACGCGAUGAUGCAGUGAUUUGGCGGGGGCCGAAGAAAAACGGACUUAUCAAGAAGUUCUUGAUGGAUGUGACGUGGGGCGAGCUCGACUUUUUAGUCGUAGAUACCCCGCCUGGGACAAGCGAUGAGCAUCUCAGUGUAAAUAGCUUUUUGAAGAAUAGCGGGGUGGAUGGCGCAGUGGUGGUGUCAACGCCUCAGGAAGUCAGUUUGCUGGAUGUGAGAAAGGAGAUUGAUUUUUGUAGGAAGGCGGGGAUUAGGGUGCUGGGCAUAGUGGAGAAUAUGUCGGGUUUCGUGUGUCCAGGUUGUAAGACCGAGAGCCAGAUUUUUAGGGCGAGUACAGGGGGGGCGAGAAGGCUGGCGGAGGAUGAGAAGAUUCCGUUCCUUGGUGCUGUACCGCUGGAUCCGAGGAUUGGGAUGGCGUGUGAUCAUGGGGAAAGCUUCCUGGAUGCAUAUCCUGAGAGUCCAGCGUGUAGGGCGAUAAGAGGGGUUGUGAAGAGGGUGGCGGAAGAGAUGGGGGUGGAGGUGGGGGAUGUGCUGAUGGAAGUUGACGGGUGAAAUCUGAUGGAGAUCUGCAUGCAUUUGGAUAUGGGAGCAGGUGCAUUGGGUGGAGUUUUGCAAUAUGGCUUUACAGGUAUGGUUGUCCUUGGAUACGGCAUUUGUAGUGAAAUGCUUACUGUAUUGAAGAGUCCAGAUAUGGCU